AUGGCGGCGCAAGAUGUUUACACAAAUUUGGCCAGAGUCUUGCUCCAAUGCUAUGGCUUAGAAAUUCUGUCUGAUGUUCAGGAUUCGAUAGCAUCUAUUCCCAAUCUACCGACGUGGGUUCCAGAUUAUAGUGUCCCACGAAGACCUUUACCUCUGUCAAUGCGCGGCGACUUCUGUGAAAGGGUCAAACAACAGAAUGAGUCUUUACAUCCGAUGGAAUUCUUAGAUGGUAUGUAUGAGGUCGCAGCCCAUCUUGACCCUAUAUACCCACUUCCGAUGGGUGGCAAAUUUCAACCUUCACGUGAAGUCGUAUGGCGCACUAUUCUAGCAGAUACAUAUCAAAAUGAACAUCCGGCACCGCAACAAUGCGAGGAACUCAUAGCACACUAUCAGGAAUGGGUCCGCAACGGAGUACGCAAUGGAUCGCAGGCAAAAAAUUCCAUGCAACGACUCAGUAUCACGGAGAAGCUACCCUCAAAUAUGGCAAAGAGGAUUUUUCGCGUCUUGAGAAAGAGACAGAAGCUGCAAAUGAUGCUCGCAUUCUAUUUCGAACUCGUAAAGGCUAUCUCGGCAUUGGAGCACAAUCUUUACGUCCGCUCGACGAAGUUUGGGUUUUAG